ACCAGUUCGCAGAGCUUCUGAAGUGUUUUUAUUUGUCGUAAAACGCUUUUUAAAUGAAUUUAAAUAAUGCAUUUGAUGUGUAAGCACAAGCAGAAGAUGUUAAACUAUCAGGGGAAGCACAAUUGCAAUAACCUGAUACCAGAGCAGUGCGCGUGCUGAUUUUUGCGAAUGUGUGAAAGCUCGACGUAUUGAUUUUACGCUGCCCUCGACGCAUUGUUUAUUGUUAUUGUUUGUGCAGGUAGCAGGAGUCGAAUGCCAGAAACUGCGUCGCAGCCAUGCACUUGCAAACUCAGCUAGUAUCGUGAUUAGCUGGCCCAAUCAACACUAAUCAUUGCUUCAUAAAAGCUUCAGCUUUCAUCCGCAACGGUAAAGGUACAUAGUACAUAGAUAGUUGCAUCAGCGCUAUGGGCGGUUCUGUUAGCCAAGUGUUCCGCUCAGGCUCCGCGCUACUGUCACAUCGCGAUGGACACAAGGUAUCCAAGGCCACGGAGGAGAAGAUUCAAACUUUGUUUGAAAUUCUGCGCGCAAAUCCCAAAAUUUCACUGCAAACACUCGAAAGUCUGCUCAUACAGAUACCCAAAAACGAGAAUAUUUUGGUCAUACACGAUGACUGCGGUUACAAUAUACUGCAACGCAGCGUUGGACUCAAUCACAUCGAUCUCACCAAGUGGCUGCUGCAUCGCCACCGCCCAGAUGUCAAUCGAGCACCCUGCUCCCUACCCCUACACAUAGCCACGUUGCGGGGCUACGAAGAGUGUGUAGAGCUCCUGUUGCGGCAUGGUGCACGCAUAGAUGCCGACACACGCAUGUGCUUUCCAGGUGCACACUCGCACAACUGCGAGGAGAGCGGAAAGUGGCACAGUAACGUGGAUGAUGUAAGCGAGCGAUUGAAUACCAAGCUGCAAAAUGCUUUGUGCUAUGCUAUUGACGGUGAUCAAUACAAUGUUCUGAGCAUGAUGACACAAAAGAUGGAGGAGCCCUGGAUACCGUUUCGAGCCAAGAAACCGCUGUUGCACUUGGCCUGUGAGCGUGGCGCCUGGAACUGCGUACAGCAGCUGGUAGUGACACGCUCCGAGGAAAUUAAUCUCAUUAUGGACGAAUAUUAUCCCAUUCAUCAUGCUGUGCUCCAUGACGGACGCUUCCUAGAGCUCCUCAUACACCAUGGCGCCAUUACUACUGUCCGCACUUGCACUCAACAGAUGACGCUGCUGCAUGUGGUUAUAUUUGCUGCACGAAAGUCUGCAGAGGAUACACAGGCAACGCUGCGUAUAUUGCUUGAUCGUGGGUGCAAGGAACUUAUUAAUGCACCUGAUUCGCUGGGCAACACACCACUGCAUGCUUUGAUUGUGCGGUAUGCGCUGGAGGAGGCCCGUUAUGGCUACGACAAGUGGAGUAAAUGGGAUGUGCUGCAUUUAGUGCGCUUUAUGCUUCAGAAUGGCGCCAAGCCUUCUAUUAAUCAAGCGGGCAACAGCGCAAUAGCCUGUGUGUUUCGCCAUCUGCGCGACUGGGAAGUGUGCUAUGAGCUGCUCAACAUGCUCAUCAAGGAAGACGGUGAUCCGAACAUUGUGGGACGCGAUGGCAGUGUGCCCAUAAUGGUGUUGCUGGUGCCGCUGAUAAACAAAGAUCAUCUGCACCACUUUACGCAUUCAAUGAAGGUAUGUUACUUGAACUGCAUACGCAUACUGCUGCAACAUGGCGCCAAUCCUAAUUGCUCGUAUCGUGCCAAUUUGAAGCCACUGCACGUGCUGGUCUUUACGGUCAGCGAGAAUUUUACGCUUAACUGUGAUGCACAGAAACGCACAAACUUUGACUUUAUCAAGAAUAUACUGCUGCUGCUGCUGCAGCAUGGCCUGGACUGCAACAAGACAUAUCAGCAUAUACUGCAGGCUGUCAUGGAUAUGGUGCAGAACGUGCGCACUUGUCAUGACAUGGAAUGCAUCUAUGAACUGACGCUUACACUCAUACAGUAUGGCGCCGAUCCCAACAUUGUGUUGAGCAGCAAGACCACACCUGGCAUUGCUAUCUUCUCCAGCGAGAUAGCUAAUAAUACAUUUCGGAACUCGUUUCGCACAAACUCACGCUAUCUGCUUUUCUACUAUAUAAUACUGAUAACGAAGAAAGAAUUUAUACUCAACGAUCCACAAUUGAAUUUUACACGCAUCAUACAUCUCUUCUAUCUGACCAUGGAGCACGAACCGCUCUACAAUUGCCUCAAGUCGCUGCAUAAUUUCUACGUUGCCCAAGUGCCCAGCAAGAAGACCGAACAGUUAAUCGCACUCAUCUCAACCCUCUAUCGCCGGCCGCGCAGCCUCAAGCAGCUGGCCCGCAUGGCCAUCUACGAGGCAAUGAAUCGCAAGCUGGCUCAGCACGUAAAUCGCCUUAAUCUGCCCGGUCAGCUCAAGGACUAUGUGCUGCAAUUUGAAAGAUAACAAGUGUACACAACAGCAAGCCCAAAGCGUCGUCAAUGUUAACACACACACACCCACUUUACUUAACGACCAAAUGUGUAAGCCCAGCAAACUAUAGAUAUGUUGCCUACUUUUCAAUUAAGCUCUAUUAUAUUAUUAUAAUACUUACAGUAUAUGCUAAAUUGAUAUAUGAUAUAUGAUAUGAAUGCGAAAACGCUUAAUGUACCUAAGUAACAUCAUUGUCAGCAUUGAAUUUAAACUUGUGCAAUUUCUUUGAUACGAAUCUACUUAUUGUUAAAGCCAGUUGGUGAGAAAAUACCUAUUAAACCCCACCCCCGUGCACACUCACAUAAACACACACACACACGCAGUUAACAACCUUAGCUAACAGUAAGCAUCUUCAUAAACUUAAGGCUGUUUUUUGAUGAACAAUUCGGAGGUACUACUGUCUAUUUAAGUUUGCUGUUCUUUUAGAAUAUUGUACUUGUAUAUUUGAAAGGCAAUUUAAAAAACGUUAUA